GCCUUGUUCAGAUUUUCCUUGCCAUCCAUUCCUGAAAAAUGACACGAAUACAAAUUUUGCUGCAUCUCUGUAUGGCCAGCGUUUACGUAAGUGCAAAAUUAGGUUGCAAGGACAUGGAAGGAAAUGACGUAGAUUGGUUCGCCGUUAUCAAGCUACCGUCAGAUGUCGACACUGCAAAAGGACGGAGCUUCGUCUAUUUUGAUCCACGAAUAGGCGGAUGGACACAGAGCAAAUUACUCAUCAGCAGUAAUAAGUCUGCAAUUGGAGCCACACUUAGUCAACUUUAUAAGAUUGACAAGAAGGAAACAUUCGCCAUUGCUUACAAUGACGAUAGCCCAGAUGGACCUGUGGAAAGCGGUCGAGCUCACAGUAAAGGUGUCGCCGUCUUCGAUCAUGAUGUUGGAUUUUGGAUGGUACAUAGUGUGCCGAAUUUCCCACCAUCUAGCGGCGAGUAUUCCUACCCUGGAUCUGGUGCUGUUUAUGGCCAAUCCUUCCUUUGCAUGUCUAUCAGCUCGAACAAUCUGGAAGAUGUUGGCCAAUACAUGCGAUAUGCUCAAGUGAACCCAUACCUCACCAAUUUGCCAGAAUACCAUAAGAUAUUAGCACCAUCACUGGUUGAUGUUGUUAAUAAGAAAUCACUCCCUAAGUCGGCAACUGUUUUCAAUACAAUCCGUGGAAUAGAAACAUUAGGUGGUAUGAAGUUGAAGGCAUUCUCCAAGCAUAAGAAAUAUGGCAAAGAUCUUUGGUAUGAAUUUAUUGCUCUACAUCUCAACACCCAAAUGGCAGUGGAAACAUGGAGAAAGGGAAAUGCGAAAAAUAUUGGGUCUACUUGUGAUCACUCUGAUCCGUCGAGAAAUGUUUACGAUGUCAAUACUGUAAAAAUUCUUGAUAAACAGUAUGAAUAUAAAAAAGAUCAUUCAAAGUGGGGUGUGUCAAGGAAUGCAAAUGUACCUGCGGUCUGCAUCGGAGACAUAAAUCGCCAAAUGUCUCAAUACAAACGCGGAGGUGGAGCUGUUUGUAUCGAAGAUGCAAAGUUAUGGGAAGCUUUUAUCCAAUCAGUCAAGGAUUACGAUACAUGCAAAAUUAUGUAA